AUGGCGGCGGCGGCGGGGCCCAGGCUCCCCCGUGGAAGGCGGCACCAGAAGCAGCUCGCCCCACCACACCAUUUGGAAGAAAAUUACAUUCUAGAUGGCUGUUUACUUCCAAAUGAAAUAGAUCUUCGUCAGGUAAUUAUAUUGCCAAAAGCAGAAUGGGAAAGGCUUCAAGACAGCCUUGGCAGCAGAACCAGAGAAGCUGCACUCAUCCUCGCCGAGAAGAAAGAACGGGAAGAAAUGCAUUUACGCUCCAAAGCUGCUGUAAAAGACUGGCCCAAUACCACUAUGGGCAUGGCACAACAGAAACUAAAAGCCAGAAAAUUACGUGAAGAAAGGGAAGAGGAAGAAAGAAAGUUAAUUGAUUUGGAAGAAGCAAAGUUCCAAGCAGCAAAACGGAAGGAGGCUAUUGAUCGUGCAAAAACCUACCUAAGCUAUCAGAACGAAAGAAUUAAAGGGUUUCAUAGUGCACUUCUACUUACCAAGGUCCUAAAAGAAAGAGAUGCUCAAGUUGAAUUUAAAAAGUUAAAGUCUGAUGCUAACAAAAAGAAGGACGAAGAAAAGGAACAUGAAUGUAAAGAAGCUAAUUUCAGGGAUCAAGAAGAGGCACGCCAGCGUUAUAUGAAUGAACAAGCACUACGCAGAGAUCAGCUAGAACAAAUAAAGGAGCGCAAACAUCAGGCAGAUCUGGCCAAGCUAGAAGACAAAAGAGAAGGGGAACAAAUACAGUUAUCGAACCGAUUGUAUCAAUUGGAAAUUCAAAAAGACAGAGAAAAGGAAGAGAAAGAGAAAGCUGAGCGCCGGAGGCAGCAUCAGGAGCAUGUAGCUGAUCAGGAAAUAAUCAAAGCAGUAGAGAAACAAAAACAAAUGGAAGAUGAUGCUCGGAUCAAAGCUCAUUUUAAAGCAAAGCAGAUUAUUGCCAAGAUGACAAAAGAGAAAGAAGCUGAAUUGCGUAGGCAAGUGCAGGAACGUCAGGACAAAAUCGUUAAACAAUUAGCUUUACAAAUGGCUGAGGCAUUACAGAAGGAAGAUUGUCGUCUUGCUAAAGACAUUGCACAAAAAGAAGCUGAAGAAGAAAAAAAACGCAAAGAGAAAGAGGCAAAGCAAAAGGCUGCGAUUGAAUCUAUUGCUGAAUACAGAGCCACUGCGAUGAAGAUGAAAGUGGAAAAGGAGAAAGAAGAAAAAGCAGAGAGUAAAAAAGAAUAUAAUAAAAUAAUGGAAAAUUACCGCAUUUACCUGGAAAAGGAAAAAGGCACGAAACAAAGACGACGUGAUGCCAGUGUGGAAGUACAGAAAUUUCAGAUGCAGCAAAUGGCUGAAAAGCAGACAAGAAAACAGCAGGAGAAGCAAGCAGACUUGGACUAUGAUGCUCAGACAGAGCUUAUUGCUCUUUGUAAAGAGCAGGAAUUUCAGAGCUAUGCAAAGCAAGUAAUUGAAUCAGAGGCCAAGACUACACAUCAUCUUUAUCCUCUUCUCAAAGCAUCUGAAGAUGUAAGAGGACUUGGACUCAGGCCAUUUGCCAGAGAAAAAGAAGAAUCAAAUGGUUUUCAAGCACAGGAUGGUGCUGGGACCCAGUAACCUUGUAGAUGUACUACUGCACAAGAAGUUAAAAACAUGAAGUAAUACAGAGACUAUCUAGCAGAGAAAGACAGAAGCAGUCUUCAUGUGGUUAAAAAGAAGAUAUCUUUUUGAACCUUACAAACAAACAUC